ACCUCAACAUUCAGUCUUAAACGAAAGCUUACGCGCUGUGGAGCAUUUUUUGCUAAGCACGCUAUUGUGAAAAAGAAACGAUAAAAACUUUUUGAAAGGACUUUAAGGAUAUUCCAUAUACGAAGUGUGUUUAUUGCAUAUUUAAAUUUAAAGUAGUGAAAAUGUUUAAGAUUUUAUUAAGUGCAACAUUGUGUGUGGCCAUGUUUGGCGCUCUGGCUAACGGCCAAUGUCAGCAACCCAACGGCACCCAACCCAUCUCUGGCUCCUGCGAUGCUUAUAUCGAGUGCAAGGAUGGCGUUGCUGAGGAGAAACUAUGCCCCGAUGGCCUACUCUACAAUCCAAAAUCCUCUGGCUAUCCUUGCGGCUAUCCAAUCGAUGUCGAAUGCUCACAGGGACAAGCACGUCUCCAGGCCGCCCAACCAACCGACGAAUGUCCACACCAAUUCGGUUACUAUAGUAUGGGUGAUUCCCGCAAUUGUGGCAAAUUCAAGAACUGCGCCUCCGGACGUGGUUUCGUAUUCGACUGCCCCGAAGGCUUGGCAUGGAACAAGGAUACUUACAAAUGCGAUUGGCCCGAUCAAGUGCCUGACUGUGAUGCCGAAGCUUUCCUUGGAUUUAAGUGUCCACCACCGAAGCCAUCGCCCAGAGGUGCAUUCAUUGGCGAACCCGAAAAGGAGUAUGAUUUCUAUCCAUCGAACGACAACUGCCAGGUCUAUUUCAUCUGUAUAGAGGGGCGUCCACGUCGUAUUGCAUGUGAUGAAGCGAGCGCCUUCAAUCCGGAAACCCAAGUCUGUGACGACAUUGAGAAUGUGCCAACUUGCAGUCCUGACGUACAACAGCGUGGACAGGAGAUUAAGAAUGCGCGCCUAUCAGCGCAGACAGCGGCAGCAGCGAAAAGGAGAUUCUAAGAAAUAAAAAAACUAAUUUACUUAUCUACUUUAAAAUGUUUUUGUUUUUUCUUUUUUUGAUACUCUAGUCCAUAGUGAAAAAUGAAAAGAUUCAAUUUGGCCAUUUUGUAUGUUUUUGUCAUCAAUUAAAUCGGACAAACAAACAGUUA